AUGGGCUGGAGGAAGCCUGAGAGGAUGAUGAAAAGGGUAUUUCAGGACAUCACAAAUGUCAGUAGAAAGAACAUCAAGCUGACAAUCCACCGGUCAUCACACAGAAGAAAACUGGUCAAAUGGCUGUACGAGGUGAUGGACGACUUCGGAUACUCCCAGGUCACAUUCUCAACAGCAGUUUUCAUCCUGGACAGAUACACAGAAGUAAGAGGACUUGACCUUGGGAAGUACCAGCUGGUGGGGAUCUCAUCACUCUUCCUCAGUGCAAAGAUAGAAGAGAAGAGGUGUAAGGAAAUAGAUGACUAUGUUCAUGUCACAGACAACACAUACUCUAGAAGAGAGAUCCUAGACAAGGAGAUCGAGAUUCUGGAGGUGUUUGGGUUCAAUCUGAUGUUCAGGCUCCCUCACUCCUUUCUUAAGGAGAAGUAUCUUGAGAAGAUGUCCAGCGAAUACACUGUGAAGCAAUGCCAGGAAAUAUUCUUUUGUGCAUUUUCGUAUGUAAUAGAGAAGAACAUCUGUGGAUCCAGUAUGUAUUGGAUAUACCUGGAAGGAAUCAAGGAGGCUGAGAAGGUGCUUUCGGGGCAUAAGGCAAGCGAAGACUUCAGGUUCUAUCUGGAGAACAACAGAAGGAUUAAAAACAUAUUUAUGUAG